AUGAGGCCUCAGCCAGGAGGAGGUUCGGGAAGAAAGGAAAACACAGGUGGGGAGAGAGAAGGGCGGCCCGAGAGGUACCGCGUCAUUAGUGCUGGUGGGGAGAGGCGGCUCCAGCCCGGCACUGCUGUCCUUCCGAGGCGUGUUUCCUUUUUAUUCGGAGGAAGAGAAGCAGAGGAACACGUCAUGGAGGCGGACCGAGUGGAAGGAGCCAGGGAUGGCGGCAAGCAGAAGGAAGUGUGUUUUGUCCCCAUCCAGGGAAGCUUUUGUUUCCUGAGACUUCCUCGCGCACGUCUGGUGGCUGCCCUGGACGUUCAUGGACUUUUGUUUUCACUCAGAUUUUGUGGUUCACGUGACACAAAGCAUGAGGACGUCACUGGGCGAGAGGGCCAGGUCACCCCACUGCCGAGGGGCACGCCCCAGCUGUGCACCGCUAGAGUGGGCUUGUCCAGUCCUCAAACACAGGGACAGGAUGUGCCCAUCUCAUGUAAGACGUGA